AUGGAAAAAUUUGUUAUUCAGAGUAAUGACGCGUCAGUGCCUUCAAGCGUUCCUCAACCUCUUAACAUCCCUGAUCUCGGGAAGAGUCUCCUUAAUGCCUCACGCAAUGGGGACGUUGAAGAAGUGAGAAGUCUUCUCAACAGUGGUGCUCCAUUUGCAACUGAUUGGCUGGGGAUGUCUCCACUUCACUUUGCUGCAAUGAAUGGCCAUUUAUCCACCUGUGAAGCCUUGCUGAACGCAGGUUUCAGUCGGGAUGCGAGGACCAAAGUGGACCGCACACCGUUACAGUUGGCUGCACAGGAGGGACAUGCCGAUAUCGUCGAAUUACUGUUGAAAAGUGCAGCUGAUAUCCAUGCUGUUGAUACGUUGAAAAUGACUGCUCUUCAUUGGGCUGCUGAACGUGGUCAUUAUCCCGUUAUUCAAGUGCUUAUGCGUUAUGGUGCUAGCAUACAUAGAAAAAAUAAGUUUGAGCUGACCCCCCUUGAAAUAGCCGAGUCUCGUGGUCAUACCGAAGCCAAAGACGCCAUGCUGAUGACACAAAUGGAGAUUAAUCCUGCUGUUGGUAAGAUGGCGGCACCAAAUGAAGAUCUAGCAGAUCCUACUGCAUUCAUAAUCACUGACGAAGAAACUGUGAUCCCUGCGGCACCACCUGCGGAUGAAGUGAUUAUUUCCAGCGUCAAGGCGGAGACGAAUACCGAUGAGCUGCCGAUGGGUGCAUCAGAUCCACUGUUGACGGGAGAUAAUAAGGAAUCCCUGCUAGAUUGGGUGGUUUCUGGUUUCGGAAGCAAGAGCGUUGCGGAAACCAGCCAGAAUCUAUUUCCCCACCUCACUCCUACAGACCAGUACUUUGGAUCAUCGAGCAAACCUGAUCGAACGUCUUUUGAGUCUCAGUUUCUUGAUGGCUUGGACCUUUCCUUUCAGGCACUGGAAUCCAAC